UCACAAUCUUCGGGCUUUCCGGGACUGCUGCUUAUGUUAUGAAAAUCGGAACUGUCCCGCGGAUAGAUUGUCUAUAGAGCGGCUCUAAGAAGAUAUGGAGAAGAAUCAGAAAUGUGCAACUGAACAAGAAAGAUUUAAGGCUAGAUCAGGUCAUGGGGAUGGUCAGAGAGCAGAGCCCAGAAAGACACAGACCACUACAGAAUCUGAUAAAGAUUCCGGCUACUCAGAUGUCGCAUCAGAGUGCCUAAGCUCUGUUGAGCAGACUGAUACAGAAGAGGGUCCAACUACAUCACGCUGGAAUGUAGCAUUGAAGCCCUCAGGCAAAACUCCAUCGCAGCCACAGUCAUUGGUCGUCUUGAAAAACCUGCUUGUUGAUCAGGGGUCUGGUCCUGAACCUAAUGCCAGCUCCUGGGCUGUCCAUCCUUCCAUUCAGCUGCUUCAGACUUCCCCACAGAUUGUCUUCUUUCCUCCUACUGUGUCUUCUUCCAAGCCUUCCACCUGUAGAAAAGAUGCCAAGUACCUGCCCAUCUUAAAAUCCUACACAAAGAUUGCACCACAUCCAUCACACCGUGUCUCCAAUAUAUCACUUCCCUGUGCCAGAAAGAGGGGCCCAGAUGAGAGGCCUCAUAACCAGACAAAGAGGCAGUGUUCCAAGGGCCACAGUGGGAGUCGAAAAGGGAUGGAUGCAGCAACUUUGUUAGAUACAGGAGUACAACAAGGCCCAGUUGACCAAAAUGUGAAAGAAAGUUCUGUCUCUGCCAAGAACAAAGAGCUGGACAUACAACUAACAACUCAGAACAUUAAUUCAAAUGAGAAGGGUUCCAGAGUUGCUUCCUUGGAUACACAACAGAACCUUCUCAGUGCUGGUCAACAAAACAAAUCACAACGCUUUCAGAAUACCCUGGAUAUUUUGCACCGCUCUGGCUUGCUGAGCAUUGCCAUGAAAACGAAGGAAUUGGCACGGCACAACCAAGCUACACAAAGCCAGUUGGAGAAGCUGCAAGAGCAGGUGCAACUUUAUGCCACAGCAAUGAGCAGUAACAACCCUCAAGACUGGCAGAGACUUCAAGAUUCAUUGGCAGAGGUUGUUAAAGGAGAUACAGAGGACCUGUCAGUCAGAGAAAUGGAUUUGUAAUGUUUCAUUUGUAGGCUCUAAUUGUUAGUGAUAUUUGUUCUGUCUGCCCAAGACCACUCUCUACCAAAAAAAGAGACCAAUAAAAGAUACAGAUUGUUAGAAAACCUGUCUAUCCCCAUAUCAGCGUAUGUUCACACAUAAUUUCAAAUAAGAAUGAGAGUACAUUUUAUCAAAGAGAGUUGGGGUAAGAUAGUGCUGUCUCAAAGCUGGAGGCAGCUGGUUCAGGAAAAGGAGAUAAUUCAGUGGUGAAGCUUAGUGGCACCAGAGGGGCUGCUGUAAAAUACCAUAACAGUUACUAUUUAUUGUGCUAGAGAGGUGCUGUUUGGGCUUCUGUGUACUUGGAAUGCCAGAGCAUAUUUUAUACCCAAGGCUGGAUCCGGUACAGAGAACACAAUAGUCGCUUGGCUUUGAGAGAGGGGUAGGGUUGCCACCAUUUCUGGAAAAAAUACCAGCCUUAUUUAUUUUUUUCCAUGAUAAUAACAUUGGGAUCAGCCAUAAUUUUUACCGGGCAGGCAUGUAAAUACCGGCCAGGUGGUAACCCUAGAGAGGUGGCAUGAACUGUUAGCAAGUUAUGUGCAUUCUAAGAAGAAGGGAUUGGUGGCAGAGUUUUACAAUUUAUCACAGCUAAGAUAUUUGACUAAUCUCUGCUUACAUGCUGUGUUUGGCAAGUAGUGCAAGGCUGGCCUUUACUACAUUGUAUCUAAACAUAAGAUUUCAUUUUAUUUCAUUUUGUAGGUGUGGAGUAAUUAAAUAUGUGAAUAUUUCUAACCAACUCCAAAUCAGUCUAUGUAUGGCUUCUUUGUACACUUUCAUUUCAUACAGAAUAAAUAAAUAAAAAAUACCUAUUUAACAC